AGAACCUCUAGAAUCCAAAAGACUGGCACCUUUCCCGCUAGCAUUGCCCUUAUAGCAUGGAGCCCUCGGAUAUUCCGUUUAGUUCUAAUCCCUCAGCUUGUUCGUCUUCCCAUGAUAAUAUCUACAACGAGCUCCUCAAUCUAUUUCCAGACACUCGCCCAAAUUCCCUCGAGCCACUACCACUGCCAAGCAGCUUGCUGUGCUCACCAAAAGCAGUGCCACUGGAAGGAAAUACAAAAGCAUCCAAUGAAGAUACUGGGGAUGUCACCGUGACCUUAUGCAUUGGUCUUCCUGAUAAUAAGGAUGGUUCCAAGAAUGCAGUUGAUAAAAGAGAUUCAGAUAUAGCGGCUACCCAGUACUGGAUACCCACACCUGCACAAAUCCUCAUUGGCUUCACCCACUUUUCGUGCCACAUCUGCAACAAAACUUUCAACCGCUACAACAAUCUCCAGAUGCAUAUGUGGGGUCAUGGAUCACAGUAUCGUAAAGGACCCGAAUCAUUGAAAGGAACCCAACCACGAGCUGUUCUAAGCAUCCCAUGCUACUGUUGCACACAAGGGUGCAAAAACAACAUAGACCACCCAAGGGCAAAGCCGCUGAAGGAUUUCCGAACCUUGCAGACGCAUUACAAGAGGAAGCAUGGUAUGAAGCCUUUCAUGUGUCGGAAAUGUGGAAAGUGCUUGGCUGUGAAAGGUGACUGGCGAACUCACGAGAAGAAUUGCGGCAAGCGUUGGCUUUGCGCGUGUGGUUCGGACUUCAAACACAAGAGAUCACUCAAAGACCACAUUAAAGCAUUUGGAUCUGGUCACGGCCCAUUUCCUCCUCCAUUUGAAGGAGUCCAGCUCCGAGAGGAUGCUGUGCCUUUUCCGUUUGUUUAAUAUAAUUGCCCUGAGACGAUUAGUUGAUUUUCGUUAAUUGAGUUUAAAUGCAUCAUUUGGGUUGCAAGUUUUAUCAGAAAAAGAAAGAAAAGAAUUGAAUGGAUUUUGAAAGUUUCCACGCCA